ACAGUAACCUCCACCUCUUGGGUUCAAGUGAUUCUCAUGCCUCAGACUCCCAAGUAAGUGGAAAUACAGCUAUGCACCACCAUGCCCAGCUAAUUUUUGUAUUUUUAGUAGAGAUAGACUUCUGCUAUGUUGGCCAGGCUGGUAUUGAACUCCUGGCCUCAAGUAAUCUUCCAACCUUGACGUCCUAAAGUGUCAGGAUUACAGGUGUGCACCAUCAUUCCUGGCCCUUUUUUCUUGACCAUCUUCCAAGUGAAGUUGGUGGAAAUCACCAAUGGGGAACUAUGCAUGCAGAGGGCUGACUGUAAUUGAGUUCUUUCUGCCUCCUCACUAAUCUGCACACUGCAGGCAGGGACCUGGUGUCAUCCAUGCCUGCAGCUGCAAGCACUGCCCACUUACACUGAAGUCUCCCCAUUGGUCAGCUUGGUUCCGUGAAGGAACUCCAUUUCCACAGCAAGGACUGACCUCACACUGGUGGCUCCAGGUCACUGCUCAAACAUUCUGAAGGGAGCAGAACUUCUUGGUUCCUCAGAUAAAUAUAGGGCAAAAGCUGAACUGUAGCUAAGUAUUUCCUUCAUCCAUAGGAUAAAGUACUGACAAUUUGUGAGUGAUGGACAAGGUGCAGAGUGGUUUCCUCUUUUUCUUUUUGUUUUUAAUGGAAUGCCCACUUCAUUUAUGCUUGCUGUAUGCAGAUGGACUCCAUCCAGCUGGAAACAUAACAGGCUUACCAGGCAAUAAACAGUCACAACCACCCAGAAACAUCACCAGAGAACCCAAAGUGUUCUUUCGUAAAACCCAAUUUUCUGGGAUUCAAGGGGCUGCCUCCAGAUCGAUGGCAAUGAUUCAGCAUAGACCUGCUCUUGUUAAAGUAAUUUUGAUUUCAAGUGUAGCCUUCAGCAUUGCCCUGAUAUGUGGGAUGGCAAUAUCCUGUAUGAUAUAUCAACUGGCACAGGCUGAGGAAAGACAGCAGCUUGAGUCACUUUACAAGAACAUCAGGAUACCAUUAUUAGGAGACAAAGAAGAGGGCUCAGAGAACGAGGAUGAGUCUAUGCACCUACUUCCAGAGAAUGAAAAGGAGCUGGAGAAGUUCAUCCACUCAGUUAUUAGAUCAAAAAGCAGGAAAAAUAUUAAGAAGAAACUGAGUGAAGAGCGAAACUGAGAAAGAGGAAAAACGACAAAGAAUGGGACACACAAUGGAAAAGUAGACGACUUGUGAAUGCAGAUGACAGAGGUGCUAGCUGAGGCCUCGGAGGAAAAACGGGGGGUGGCGGGAGAGAGCACGUGGCGUGGCUUGCUCCCAGAGAACCUUGUAGAAGAGGAGAUCGACGAAAGAAACACCAGAUGUGUGUCCCAGAAAAUAAAGCCAGAUCAUAUAGCAA